AACCUGACGUUCUGGUGGACACCCACCACAAAGCAGGCCGUGGAGUUUUAGAUCGAAUCUUGGGAACAAGAACACACAAUAUUUGAUACUUUUUUACGAGAUGGGUGAAAUUUCUCAACGGCCGUGUAUUCAGAAGCAGUUUAUAAAUAGUAGAAAGGCGAAACCCUACUCUUAGGAAUCUUGCUUUGAUUCCCUAGGACGAGUGAUUUCUCUAGUCUUUCUCUUUCACUCAUACUCUCUCUUAAUUUCUGUGUUAACUUCUUUUACUUUCUUGCUCUAAAUCAAUUUAACUUUGCAUAUCAAAUUGUAUAUGCUACAUAAAAAAAAAUCUAUCUACCCGAACUUUUUCUCUUGUCUGAAUAUUUUCCAAUCCAAUCCAAAAGAAAAUGGAUUCAACUGACUCAGACCAUUCAAUAUCUCAGAGCAUUUCAAUCCCUCAGUGGAUGAGGUCAAGAAACCAUGAAGGAUUUGAUACUGAGAUAAGCACUCUCUCACCACCAAAUCAGGAUGACUCAUUUUUCUACAUACCAUAUUCCAAAUUAACAAAGACUACUGCAACUUCUGCUGGUCCUUCAGUUAGUGCAGCAGCUGACCAAGUGUCUCUUGGCAACAUCUCAGAUGCUGGGGGCUCUGCAUCUAAUCCACUUAUUAGCAAGCACACUCAACCCUGCCUAAAAUUUUUAGGAGAGGGAAAAAGUAUGGAUGUAACUGGUUUCAACAAGAAUGAAAUCAAAAAUGGGCCUAAGCCGAUUAAAUCUUUUGGGACAGAUGAUGGAUUUAAAAGUGAGGCUGCUCAAUGUGGACACUCGGUGGUCCAGGUAGCCCAGCAAAUGAUAGCUGACCGCUUCAUUGGACGUCCUACCAAACUAUCCACCGAAAAAAGUGACCGGGAUCAAUUUGGUGAAUCUGAGAUCCCGUACUUGAAACAACGUGUUCGACGAGGAAGUAAAUCAUUGCCUGCAAGUCCAUUAUCAACACCAGAUUCAACUCCUCAAAUCCAUAGAAAAAAUAGGUAUUUUACAGGGGCAUUUGUUGAGUCCUCUGAAGAGUCUUCCAAAUUUACCGGUGGUUGGUUAGUGGCUGGUUUGUUGGGAGUACAUCGAGAAACCCUAAGUGAGAGCCAAUCAGAUCUGGCUGACACCAACAAUAAUGCCAGCCUUCAAAGCAAGCAGGUCAACUCUCCUGAUGGUCUUCGUCGCAACAAUUCUUCUUCCAUGAUUUUGCAGUCCUUGGAAAAAUCUGAAAAUGAUAAAGAGAAGCAUGUCUCACCUCUCCAUGAGUCAAGAUCUGCUGCAUCUUUGAUUAAAGUGGGUAAAGCAGGAACUGACACUACUGUGAAAAAACCUCGACCGAAGCCAUCUGAACUACGAGAAAUGAACUUUUGGUCACCAACGUCUAUGUGAAAUGAGUUUUUUCAUGCAUUCUAUAGAAACCUCUAUAUUUUAACAAGUGUUAUAGCUCCAAAUGACAGAAAGUAUUUUAGAUAAGUACCUAUAUUAUUUUUGUGAAUGCUCACAUAAUUUUAAAACAUGGUGUAGAUGAGAUUUGGAUGAAUGUUCUCCAUACUUGUUUGAGCUAGCUCUUCUCCCCCCGCUAUGAAAUGCUUACCAUCAAGCUGCACUUACAAAUUACACACCUUCUAAGGUUGUUUUUGUUUUUGCCCUUUUUCUGAUUUGGUGUUCCUAAGUACUUACUGAAAGCAGUCACAGUUAUGUUUUACUUUCUUUAAACCAAAACACCAUUGUUUCAUAUUAUUUCUCCGAGUGGCUGAUACUUUAUAUUGCCUUUUCAAAAUUAAUUAUGGUAGCUUAUGCAUUCUAUAAUAAUGUGUUAGAUUGUUAGAUGGAGCUGUUAUUCUUUGCUUGCAUUUGUGUAUUUUUCUGCCCCUUUAAAGCAUUUUCUGUUGCUAUAUUUUCCCCUUGCUCAGAGGAAACCUUUAGGUGUGGGUUCUUUUAUGUUAGCACUUUUGUAAUCUCUUUAAAAGUAAUUAUGAUUGUGUCCCUUGCCAGGUAUGUCUUAAAUUCCUUUUUUUACCUUUGGUAAACUAUUCGGUUUUACUGAGACCAGUAUGGUGUAUUUAAUACACCUGUCAUUUUAAAUGACUAAUAUCCGGUCGAAAUAUUUUGGCCUGAACUUGUUGCUGUGUGCUUUAUAAUUUUACAUUGAGCUCCAUGUUACCAAUCAUCAUAUAUGUGGACGGAGGCUUUGGUGUUGUGCCACAUACUUAUAUUAGGGUUACUCACCCGCUCAUCGUUGGCGGCUAGUUUGUAAGAAACGACGUUUUUAUCUGUCUUGUGACUUCAAAAGUUGGCAGAUUAAAAUAGUGACACUCUUGAUUA